CCUUUGCUUCCCAUUUCCAGAUUCUGGGGAGCAGGUCCUCGUGGAUGUGGAGACCAAGAGCAAUAAGGAGAUCAUGGAGCACAUCAGGAAAAUCCUAGGGAAGAACAAGGAAACCCUGGAGGAGGAGGAGCAGGAGAAAAAGCAGCUAUCUCACCCAGCCCACUUUGGGCCCCGAAAGUACUGCCUGCGGGAGUGUAUCUGCGAGGUGGAAGGGCAGGUGCCCUGCCCGGGCCUGGUGCCCUUACCCAAGGAGCUGACAGGGAAGUACAAAGCAAUGCUGAAGGCCAGCACCCAGGACUGAGGCCCCAGGCCACACCCAGGGAAGCCCCUGGUUCUGUCCCUGGCGGGACUCUGAAAGAUCUCUUUGCCGUGAGAGGGUCCCCUUUUGCACACCUGUGUGAAAGGACGUGGCAGGGUCGGGGGAGUAUCUCCGCUCUAUCAGGUCAAUAAAAUGUGUCCUGGUCCCCGGCA